UUCCUAGACCCCCAAAUAAACGUAAUUCAAGGAAAGUAUAACGGAAACCUCUGCAAUCUUCCCUCAUCUCUCUCGCUCUCUUAAUCUGUAUUCUGUCCUUUGCAUUAGUAGCUUAACACCACUAAAAUUUCUACUUUAUUGAAAAUUUUAGGGUUUCAUCUAAAACCCUAAUUUUGCUACAAAUUCUCAAUCCAAUUUCCUUUGGCGGGGAAUAACUGUUCAAAUUUUCAAGAAUUUUUCCAUUGUCGCGUAAAUUCCUUGAUCAUCUUAUAAGAAUUCUCAUUUCUUGAAAAUUUCCAUUUUUUUUUUCAUUUCAUAGUUUUGAUCAUCGUAUUUGAAUUUAACUAGUGAUUUCAGUUUUCAUUUUCUUAGAGUUUUCUUCUUCGCAUAAUUUGAUCAUUAGAUAUUUAAUCUAAAGGUAUUUUUCAAUUUUUCAAUUUUUUUUUUCAGACCGAGAAAUUUGGGGGAGAAUUCAAGUAUUCAACAAUGGAUAUUCGGCAAAGUAAUGUGUUUCUUAGAAUGGAAACUACUUGCGAGUCUCUUCUAUGUGAAUUGAAGGAAAUAUGGGACGAAGUGGGUGAAUCUGAGAGUGGAAGGGACACCAUGCUUUUGGAAAUUGAGCAAGAGUGUCUGGAAAUCUACACGAGAAAGGUUGAUCAAGCUUACCAAAUUCGGGCUCAGUUACGGCAGGCAAUUGCUGAUGCUGAGGCAGAGCUUGCCCAUAUUUUCUCAUCACUGGGUGAGAGACCAAUGAAUAUAAGGCAGCCUGAUCAAAAAGUUAUUGGCUUGAAGGAAGAAUUGAAUAUGAUCAUUCCUUCUCUAGAGGAAAUGAGGAAGAAAAGGAGUGAAAGAAAGAAGCAAUUUGUUGAAGUUCUUGAUCAAAUUUGUGACAUCUCAAGUGAGAUUUACGGGUCUGCAGAAAAUUCUCUUAGCCAGAGGACUGUGGAUGAGAAUGAUUUGAGUCUGAGGAGACUAGACGAGCUGCAUUCUCAGCUUCUUGCACUGCAGAAAGAGAAGAGUGAUCGUCUGAAGCAGGUGCUGGACAACUUGAAUACAUUGAGUUCCUUGUGCACGGUGCUUGGCAUAGAUUUCAAGGACCAGAUUCAGAACAUACAUCUCACUCUUGAUGGUUCUAACGGGACCAAAAACAUUAGUGACGACGCAAUGGAAAGGUUAUCUAUUGCCAUACAAAAUUUGAGAGAAAGCAAGAUAGAGAGGCUCCAAAAGCUUCAAGAUCUUGCAAGCAUGAUGCUGGAACUAUGGAACUUGAUGGAUACUCCUCAAGAUGAACAGCGUACGUUUCACAAUGUGACUUCCAAGAUAGCUGCUUCAGAACCUGAGAUUACUGAACCCAACUGUCUAUCAUUGCAUUUCAUCAGCUAUGUUGAGGCUGAAGUGAUGAGACUUGAUAAUUUGAAAUCGAGCAAAAUGAAGGAACUAAUACUAAAAAAAAAGUCUGAACUGGAAGAGAUCUGCCGGCAAACACAUAUGACCAUAGAAGCACAGAGUCUGAACUGCUUUGCUGUUGAAGCUAUAGAAUCUGGGGCCCUUGACCUAUCUUAUAUGCUAGAGCAAAUUGAGCUUCAAAUCUCAAUGGCUAAGGAAGAAGCUUUUAGCAGGAAGGAUGUACUCGAAAGAGUUGAGAAAUGGAAGGCUGCUUGUGAUGAAGAAUGCUGGCUCGAGGAAUACAACAGGGAUGAAUGUCGUUAUUAUGGUGGAAGAGGCGGACAUCUCAGUUUAAAGCGUGCUGAAAAGGCUCGUAUACUAGUCAGCAAAAUUCCAGCAAUGGUGGAGUCCUUGACUUCAAAAAUCCAGGCAUGGGAGAAAGAAAGAGGAGCAGCGUUCUUUUAUGAUGGGGUCAGUCUACUGUCUCUGCUUGAGGACUACAGCAUCUUGAGGGAAGAGAAGGAGAAAGAGCGUCAGAGGCAACGAGACCAAAAGAAACUUCAGGGAAGACUUUUAGCAGAGCAGGAGGCUCUUUUCGGGUCAAAACCAAGCCCAACAAAAACCACUAAGAAGGCUCCUAGACAUUCACUUAGUGGAGCAGGUGCUGUUAGCAGGAGAUAUUCUCUCAGUGGCUCAAUGUUGCAAAGACAACAUUUGAAACCUGAAAGAAGUGCUCUUCAUUCACAUCCUAUCAAUAAAUUAUCCCAACUCCAAGAUGGAGGCAAGAGAAACAAUACAACUACUGGUCAAUUACAAAAGAAGCAGGCCAAAGUUACAAAUCCAAGAGAUUUCGGAUCACCAAAGAAACGCAAGCCUUUUACUGUCAUUCGAGAUGCAGUUUCUGCCACACCUGUGCACCUGAAAAAUACACCAGAAAAACAGAAUAUGACACCUUCAACAACACUUUCUGCUGGAAACACACCAACCAAGUUAAAGUCUGAUGAGAAAGUCAGCACUCCGAAGUCAUUCACCCAAGUCAUUCACCCAAGUCCAGUGAAAGUUAGCCCAUCUACGCUACCCAGGUCUGCUUCUCCUUACACUCCGGUUUCUGUUAGAUUCGAAGAAGUAGCAACUGAUGGAAACAUUGAGUAUUCCUUUGAAGAAAUAAGAGCUGGCUAUGUCCUGCCUCAGAGGACAUUUAAGUCUGCAUUGCAAUUUCAAGAAGCUUGAACGCCAAUUCUAAUUGUAGUUGAUUAGCAAAUGACUAAUUCUUCUAAUAUGUUAGAAAGUUUCUGAGUAGCAUGGUCUGGUCAAUGUUUUUUUUUUUUUUCUCAGUUACAGAUAGAUAUUACAAAUGUACAGGAUAUCAUCUUUUUAUUAUAAUCCUUUGCCACCCAUUUGCCA